AGUUGGUUUUUCGCAGUGCUUCAGGUUGGGUGUUUAGUAUUGUGAGCUCGCUAUCAAAACGUAACGAAAUACGUAAAAGUGACGAAAAAUCGUUAAAUUAUUACAAGAAAAAAAGUUGAAAAGUUCACAAGUAAUGUCCAGUCCACCAAAAACUGCAAACGUCAUUGAAGAUUGUCAAGGCAGUGGUUCCAAUUCGCCGACCAUUGAAGUAUCCAACACAAAUGGACACGCGUCCACGUGCUCCGAGCGCAGCGAUGGACUCUUCAUGAAAAUGCGGCAAAAUUCUGUGACAUCCAUCGAUAAGCCCGACGCACCGCAAGUGCAGGCGUUAGCCACUAUUGAAGUGCCGCCUAUUAAACGCAAUAUUAGCGAAGGAAAUCUGCUACCAAGUGAGGUGAAAGAGGCGCGAGUGCGUGUCAUCUAUACGGGUGGCACAAUCGGCAUGGUGCGGAAUGAGAAUAAUGUUCUAGCGCCCAUUCCAAAUGCUUUGGUGAAAACGCUACGCAGAUAUCCCAACAUACACGAUGAGAACUAUGCGCAGCUACGCUUCGGCUCGGCAGCUUCAAUGGGUCCGCUCGUACUGCCAUUUGUACAAGGCGAGAAACGACGCGUCAUCUACCAAGUUACCGAAUAUAGUCAGCUCUUAGAUUCUAGUAAUAUGACCAUGCAGGAUUGGGCGCGCAUUGCCAAGGAUAUACAUCAAUCUUAUGAGUUCUUCGAUGGUUUCGUCAUACUCCACGGCACCGAUACACUCUCCUACACCGCUUCCGCGCUAUCGUUUAUGUUGGAGAACCUUGGCAAGACUGUUAUUAUUACCGGCUCACAGAUACCCAUUUUCGAAACGCGCACCGACGGCAAAGACAAUUUUACCUCCGCCCUAAUAAUCGCCGGCAACUAUGUUAUACCGGAAGUGUGUGUCUUCUUCGGUCAUAAAUUGAUGCGUGGCAACCGUACUGUGAAGGUUAGCUCGGAUAGCUUGGAGGCAUUCGAUACGCCAAAUGUGGUGCCAUUGGGACGUAUAGGCAUAAAUGUAGAAAUCGAUUAUCGACUCAUUUUCCGACCAUGCAGCGUCUCGCGUUUUGCGGUGCAAACAACUUUGGAUGAAAAUGUGGGCAUCUUGCGUAUUUUCCCGAGUAUUUCGAGAUCGUCAAUACGCGCAUUCUUGGCGCCGCCUAUGAAGGGCAUUGUACUGCAAUCGUUCGGCUCUGGCAAUGUGCCAUCGAAUCGCAAAGAUUUUAUCGAAGAGCUGCGGGUGGCAUGUGAUCGAGGUGUAAUCAUUAUAAAUUGCACACAGUGUACCAAUGGCGGUGUGGUGGCGCUUUAUGAUACAGGCAAAGUGUUGUUCGAUAUUGGCGUGCUGCCGGGAUAUGAUAUGACACCUGAGGCAGCGCUGACGAAGCUUUCUUACGUGUUGGGUAAAGUGGGACUCUCUUUGGAGCAAAAGAAGGAGCAAAUGCAAACCAAUUUGAGAGGUGAACUCACCUCAUCGGUUGGUGCCAAAAUGGAAGAGUUCGAUUUGGUGGAUGCUGUUGCACGCUCUAUGCAUUUAUCUACCCCCGAGGAACUGGGUCAAAUGUGUGCCACCCUAUUUCCGGCUAUGCUGAACACAGCCGUGCAGGAAGGUGACAUCAAUAAGAUUAUCAACCUAAAAGCGUACGGUGCUGAUCUCUCUUGCGUGAAUCACGAUCAUCGCACAGCGCUCCAUCUCGCCUGCAAUCAGGGCAAUUUUGCUGUUGUCAAUCAUUUACUAAUGAAUGGCGUAUCAGUGCACAUACGUGAUCAUUACGACCGCACUCCACUCUUAGAAGCAAUCGCAGGCGAUCAUCACGACAUUAUACAGAUACUUAUCAACUGUGGUGCCCAUCUUACGGGUUCAUCACGCGCCAUCGGUGAGCAGUUGUGUGCUGCUGCUGCACGUGGCGCCCUAUUGCGACUAAAGUCUUAUCAACUCGCUGGUGCUGAUUUGGCGCAACCUGAUCCCUCUGGUCGCACAGCGCUGCAUUUGGCCGCUUUACAUGGUCAUGCGGAAUUGGUGCGCUUCCUGUUGGAUAUUUUUGAUAACCCAAAGGUAAAAGAUAUGCUAGAUCUUACACCAUUGGACUAUGCUGUCAAAGGAGGUCAGCAGGAGAUUAUACAAAUGCUGGGCGGUCGAGCAACAACGCCAGAAGUAAAUGGGGGAAGAAAGUAAAAAUUUAGCUGUAUAUUGUUUACUUAUUUGUAUUUAAUUACGAAAAAUGGCUGUAAUUCAAAUUAAACGAUAUUCGCGAAAGGCGAAUGUCCUUAAAAACAUGUAAAUACAUUACAAACGCUUUGCACUUAUUUACGUAGCCUUGUAUUAGCUCUAAAAUGUUAGAGCGUUGAAAAUUUUAAAUAAAUUUUAUAGAAAACGAACCAAUUAAAAAGUAAUGUAGAAAAUUUUUAAAAUUAAAUUAAUCCAAUUUAGUUGCAGGUUGUAAUUUUCAGAGCUUUUUCCAAGAUUUGUAUUAGUUUAAAAUAUAAAUUAUCCGCAGAAUACGCAAUAUACCAAUAUUAAUCAUACAUGCAUUUUCGAGAAAAGGAAUUGGAUACCUGUACUUAAUUUGUAAACACAUAUGUACCUAUGUAUAUGUAUGCAUAUUCAUCAUUUUAGCUACUACGGAUACAUACUUAAGUCCAUACAUAUGUUUAAUGUAUGUAUUUGUUAAUAAACUACUAGUUGUUG